GUGCCAUGCGAAAACAAAGAGGAGUUGAUCGAAAUUUGGAUGUUGUCCAUAGCGGUUUGGUACUCUGGCAGCAACAAAAACCAGCAACAACCUCUUUUGGUUUCAUCGUUGGGCGUGAACGUAUUGCUCGGUUACUGUUAACUAAAGACCAACUCAACGUCCAAUUACCCGUUAAUGACGAGUCUGCAAAAGAGUUUGCAGAUGCUCAACAGCAUCAAGGGAUUGGACGUUCACCCGCAGCAAAAUUGAGCGUUGUAGAUUUAAAUAGUGAACAGCAAGUAACUCUUAGAACAGUAAAUGUGCCUAAAGGGCCUGAGGGACUUGGACUUUCUAUUAAAGGAGGAAGUGAGGGAACACAUCGAGUGCCGAUAGUGAUCUCUAAGGUCCUUCCCGGCCUCUCAGCAGCCAAAACUAAUCAAGUAUUUGUUGGCGAUUUAAUUGUUGAAGUUAAUGGAAUGUCUUUGGAGGGGAAAACGCAUGAGGAGGUUGUCCAGCUUCUUAAAGAUUCUACUGGCUCCCACGUUACGUUAACUCUAAAACGUGACAGCUCCGCCUCUCCUCUUUUUCGUAACACUGCGGAAACUUCUCCUGUUUCUGACCAUGUUACUGUAUUUAAGGUAGGGUUUUUGAGAAGAAAAUCUAUUGAGGAGAAAUACCUCUAUGUUACGUACACUUGUGUAACGCUGGUUAAUAAUAGGUUUUGA